ACGGAGAAAGAGAAAGAGAACAAAAACAUUUUUCUCGCCGUUCGGACGUGUUUUCGCUGCUCCUCGCUAAAACUACAAAUGGCUGCAUUCGAACUCAAGCUAGAGUUGAUAUAUUAGAGUGAUUGAUUUUGGAGGUUUUGCAAUUACACGUGGACUCGGCGGCGAUAAAUUCCGACACGACGCUUCUCCGCGCAUCGCCGAAAAACGUAACACCGCGAGUGCUACGAACGACCAGGAAAAUUCGGCAGCCCAAACUGAAUACUUCGACCCACACAGCGGGGAAAACUUAAAUAUUUAGCCCAAAAACACACCAAGUGCAGUUGAAAUCGCCAUUGAAUCGCCGAGCGCGUGCAUAUAUACGGGUUCCGUUAAUUCCGUUCCGUUUCUUGUCGCCUUUUUUUCUUGCACACACAGUUUACCACUUUACCUUUGCGUCUCUCGUUCCGUAGUGUGAGUGUGUGCGUGUGUGUGGUGUGCGUGCGCGUGUGUGUUGUUUUUCGUGUGUUCGUUUAACUAAAACACAGGUAGCAAACGAAAAGAAAUAUGAAAAUAUGAAAUCAAGUAAAUAUAAAACAAGUAGCAGCAGCAACAACAACAACACAGCACUCGUAUACCCGUCGUGUUGAUAACUUUGUGCGUCUUUCGCAUUCACAUUUCAUAUAGUAUUAUUUUUCUCUUGGCUUUUUAACGACAACAACAAUAUGAAUGAGAGAGAGCGAGCGCGAAGAUCGUGAUCACCGUAUCGUGAAUGAAUAUUUGUCAGUGUGUGCGAGGCGUGCUCUACGCACACACACACACGUACGUAAACAACAAACACAUACACAAUUACAUUUAAUUUGUGUGUGUGCAGCAUUUAAUAAAUAAUUGUGUGCAAAAUAAAUGUUCCAAAACGAAAUCGGUGAAAAAACGUAAAACAAAAGUGCGAAAAUUCGUCUUCAACUUGGAUCGAUCGGCAGUGAAAGAAAAUAUUGUGUUCUUCUGGAGAUUUGGAGCACCGAGUUAUAAAAGACCUGUUUUUUUUGGAUACGGAACAACUAAAAUUUUCCUCUUUGCCCAAAAAGGAUGCGGCUGCUGUAGGAGGAGGACGAGACCAGACGAGAUCAUAAGCCAGAAGAGUAGCAAUGUCCCAGCAAGUGUUCUCGGCGCAUCCAGCGCUGGCGGUGGAGCAGCUGCAGCUGGCGGAACAGGAGGAGCACCAAACGAGUAGUAAUCAUCACCAGCAGCAGCGAUCGAGCAGGCGGCAUGCCAAGGCCACACCCAAAAAGUUCACCCUGAGCAGAAGCUGUGCGGGAUCGGGAACGCUGAGCGGCAUCCACCAGCAGCCAGCCACGCCAGCCAAUAGUUCAUCAUCAGCCCAACCUGCCAUCAGUUCGGAGUCCAGGAAAACCCUGCCCGUGCGAACAAACUAUGCGGCAGUGGAUGACGAUGAUGACAUCGAAUGCGAGGAUGUGGAUGAGGUGAACUUUGGCCAGCGUGAAAAGCAGGACAAGCAGGAGAAGGAGACUCGGCAAACAACCAAAGACUGUGGCAUUGAUGAAACGGAUCAUGUGCAGCAGCGACACAAACACACAACAACGACAUCAACGACAAGUAGGCUUCAUCACCAAGAUGUAGGCGGAGGAGGAGGAGGAGGAGGUGGUGGUGGUGACCAGAGUGACUUGAGCAGCGUGAUCAGUUCGCCAUCGGUUAGCACAGUAUCCUCGCCCCUUUCCACGCCCACUCGGCUGCCGCAGGCAUUGCAGCAGCAGCUCCACUGUUGCCCGAAAUCCAAAGGUGUGGAAUCCCGGGCGAGAACAUUACCGCAGCUGAAUCAGCAUCCGCACAGGCACCAUCAGCAGCAGCAGCACCAUCAUCACCACCAUCAUCAUCAUCUCACGGCAGCGGGCUGUGCGGGUGGAGGAGGUGGAUCCUCUGGCGGGGCAACUGGAUCAUCUGGAUCAUCCUCCUGCAAAGCCAAGAAGCUCGAUCCCCGACUGAAUCCCUCGCCCUAUCGCCAGCUAUUGCCCAUCGCCCUGUGCCUGCUCUCCUUUGCAACCGUCUUUGCCACACUAAUAGUUUACAUGGACACGACAGAGAUUCGCCAUCAACAGUUUCGGCUGAAUAUGUCGCGCGACUACGAGCUGAAUGGGGUGGCACAAGACGAUCCCGCACUCAUUGCAUUCCUGCGCCAGAUUCACAUGGGCAAGUACCUGGGCAAGGCGUCGCCCAAGGUCGCGGCAGCGGUGGCCACAGUGGGCGUGGGUCCUCCAGCCGCAGCUGCCCCCAAUUCCUUCCCCGCCUCAUCGUUUGGCAGCGGGAACGGAAGCGGUAACAGCAGCGGCAGUGGAGCCGAUCAGCUGGCCCACUAUGUGGCCGAUCUGGUGGGCGGCAAGAUGAACGGAGCGGUGAUCCAGUCGCUGAGCGGUCCGCUGGCCCAUCUGAUCACGGCGCCCUGGCUGAGUGAGCAGCUCAACUGGAUGGGCGUGCUGGUGGAGCCGGAGCCGCGUUGGUACUUCACACUGAGGAAGCAGAACGCCCAGCGGGCGCGCAUGCAGGUGGUGCAUGCCUGCGUCUCGCCCAAUACCUAUCCCAAAGAGAUUACCAUACACAACGAGGAUGUGCGCAUCAAUAGUCUGCACGACGAGGAGACCUCGUGGUUUAAUUCGCGUGUCAAAUGCUUUCCGCUCUACACAAUCAUGCUGGCAUGUGAGCGCACCGAAUACGAUCUGCUCAGUCUGGGCGUACAGGGGCAUGAGCUGGAGAUCUUGCAGACGCUGCCCUUCGACAAAGUGAAAAUCGAUGUGAUAUCGAUACAUUUGCUCGAGGAUCACGAGGACGUGCAUGACUAUGUGCUGGACAUCACCAGAUUUCUGGCGGGCAAGUCGUACAAGCUGCAGCGCAAAAUCGGGCGGAACUACUUCUACCAGCGGCUCAAUGCCAGUGCCAGUCGCACGCGCAAGAAAGAUAUUCUGCUGCUAAAGACGCCCUAGGAUCGAAUACUACGAGGAUCCACUGGGAAAUAUAUUCCCCUAACGACAUCGAAGUGAAGACAAGCGAGAAUAAAAGUAGCUACUGAAAAGAAAUCAACAAAACACUACGCAGCGAAGCGAGAGAUUAACACAAACUCUCAAAACUGAACUCUAUGUUAUAAUGAUAAUUAUUACUAUACACAUACGCUACACUAACGAUAUCGUUUAUAUAUAUACUGUAUACCGAUUAUGAUAUAUUGUACGAGUAGUAUCUUAGUUUUUGUAAAACUCAAAACUCCUUUUCCCUCCCCCUUUCCCCUUCCAACAAAAAAAAAACACAAACAAACAUAUAAAUCACCUUUAUGUUAUUAUUUCCAUUUAUUUUUUGUCGAAAUUGUUUUUUUUUGUGUGCGUGUACACAGAACAAUAUUGUGUUAAAUACUAAACACAAAUUACUAUAUACAUAUAUGCAUAUAACGUAUUAUGAUUUGCUAUAAGCUAUGCUAAAUGAAUGUUAAUCUAAGAGAGAGAAAGCAAACGCCCGCCCGCCCAUUUUCGAUGUAUAAAUUAAAUUGCAAGGGGCGCGGCAAGGAGAAAUUAUUGUAACUGUUCUGCUACUAGAAUAAGGUCGGCUAUCUCCUACAAACUAUCCAACUAUCUAUCUAUGCAAGUUUAUGUUAUAUCGAAUGCUUUAUCUAGUAAUCAAUAAGUAAACAAGGCCUAACGUAAAUUAUUGUUUAAAAUGGCGCCUCGAAACAGCAGCGCAAAACUAAAUACAACAAAUAUUUAAAUUAUAUUAAAUUAUUGAACCAAACCAAGCACAUCCAUACGCAUACACAUACACAUACCCAUACACACCACACCAUUGUACACACACUAGCGCAAGCGAAUAAAUAUAUAGAAAAACUCAUUUGCAAAAUCUGCUUUCAACUCAUCUCAUACUCAUAGUUACAACAUAAGCGAAUCAUUUAAAUUAAAGAUCGAAAGAAUCAGAAUCUAGUAAAAACGAGGCAGCAUUCAAAAAAACGUAUAUUACGAAAAGCAAUUACGAAAAAUACCCCAGAAACACACACACUACUAUACACUCAUGCACAUUUUAUGUACUACAAUGUACUAGUGAAUAAACAAAGUAAAUAAAUGUAUAUGUAGCGCAACGAAAUUAAAUGUAAAACCACUCGUAUUUCAAUUACAUUUUAGUAAUUAUGAUGUAUUAUUAUUUUUUAUGUGCACGCUCAGCUAAAAAUCGGUGACAGUUGUUGCAAGUGCCGCGAACUCGUUGCACCUCGCCCCCUCCCAAAACAAAAUAAAAAAUACUUACACACUUUAAGCCAGAAACAGAUAUUAAAUUGAGAAACGAACCGAACCGAACCGAGCCGAGUAGAGAAUCAGAAUCAGUGCCUUCGACUUAGACUUGAAACGAAAACCAAAAUCUAAGCAUUACUCAAUAUUGAAACGUUGUACAUAGAGAAAGAGAAAGCAUUGAGCAGCAACCGUCACUAGAAAAGAACAUUUGUUGUUACCAUUUGCCGUCUGUUAAACUUGCCUUAUAUCGAUGAUGCGACGACGCGAAGGUGAUGAUGCCCACACACUGUCUUCACACUCAGUUACCACACACUCAAAUCCGUCACAACAAUAUAGAACUGCAGAAGAAACUCAAAAAACUCGACUAAAUCACAAAAAAAAAAAACACAUCACCUUAGUUCUAAGUACAGUGCUAAUUUCUGUUUUUUUAAGCCUAAUUCUAAUUAAUUAGUUGUAUCUUGUGUAAAUUAGCGUUUAAACCAAAUUUUAAGUAGGCUAUUAUUAUGAUAACCAUCUGAUUUGGCCUUGUCCAUAGCACAGACACACACAUACACACCCCGCAUUGCAUCACAACACACCCACAAAAAAAAAAAAGAAAACGAAGCAAAAGGCUAACUCAUGCUAAGCUCGACAUCGAAACUAGAAAUUGUAUUUACAGCGAGCAUAAAACUAAGGAAACAAAAUUUAUAGUUAAUACAUCAAAAAUAAAGAAUCAAAAGCUUAUGAAA